AUGGGGCUGCCCGAAAGAGCUUUGGGGACCCCGGCAGUCUUGAGUGGGGCACCUCUCCUCUCUCUCUGGAGGUUAGCACUGCUCUUUUUCUCCAUCUGGGAGCUGAAUGCACAAACCGCAGUGGAAAAUAAACCCCUGUACAUCUGGCAAACAGGUCCAUGGGGUCGUUGUAUGGGCAGUGAGUGUGGUCCUGGAGGAAGCCAGAGCAGGGCUGUAUGGUGCGCCCAUUCUGAAGGCUGGACCACUCUUCAUACCAACUGUGAUCAGACAGAACGGCCAGAAAACCAGCAGAGCUGCUUCAGAGUGUGCGACUGGCACAAAGAUUUGUACGACUGGCAGCUAGGCGCCUGGAACCAGUGUGUCCCGGUGUCCAUGCGCAGUGCUGGGGUUCAGCGCCCUGCUGGGUGCACCCGGGGAGAGGAGGGCAUCCAGACCCGUGAGGUGGGCUGUGUCCAGAAAGUGAAUGCUGAGCCUGCAGAGGAUGCAAUCUGUGAAUACUUUGAGCCUAAACCACGACUAGAGCAGGCCUGUCUAAUACCCUGUCCUCGGGACUGUGUGGUGUCGGAGUUCAGCCCCUGGACGCUUUGUUCAAAAACCUGUGGAAUGGGCUUACAGAACCGGAUCCGCUGUAUCCUAGCUCCCCCAUUGUUUGGCGGGGCAGCUUGCCCAAACCUGACUGAGUUUCAGACAUGCCAACCAGGGGUCUGUGAGGGGGAGGAGAGCCUCUACAGUCUCAGGGUGGGAGCUUGGGGACUCUGCUCUGUCCCGCUGCCAAGGCAAGCAAGACAAGCUCCCGGAUUACCCAGAGAUGACAAACCAUCCAGAGAAACCGAUAAACUUUCCAAAGACGGAGACAAACAGUCCAGAGGGAGUGAAAAAACAUCCAGAAGGGGAGACAAGCAGUCCAGAGAGGGUGUCCUACAGUCUGGUGACGAUGAGAAGCAGUCAAAGGGAGGGGAAAAGCAGAGCAAAGAGGGUGACAAACAACACAAAGAAGGAGACAAAUGGGCCAAAGAGGGUGAUAAAGUGCCAAGAGAUGGUGACAAACCAUCCAGACCCAACAGAAAACUGAGUCGUGCAAACAGGAAACCUGACAGGCCAUCCCGACAGGCCGACAGGCCCAAACGACAGAAGAAGGCUAAAAACAAGGAGAAAAGAGAGAAAAUGAGAGAGAAAGUCAGAGAGAGGUUAAGGGAGAGAGGCAAAUCAAAGGAUCCUGAGACGAGAGAACUCAUCAAGAAGAAGAGGAACAAGAACCGUCAGAACCGCCAGGGAGCAAAGUUUUGGGACCUGCAGGUUGGAUACCAGACCCGAGAAGUGUCCUGUGUCCACAAGAGUGGGGAUGUUGAAGCUCUGAGCCUGUGCUCUCAGGAGACAUUACCAGUGAACUUCCAGGCAUGCGUCAUAACCAAAGACUGUGAUGUGACGGAAUGGUCGGAGUGGUCAGCGUGCUCCAAGGAGUGCCAUGAUCCCAAUGGUCCCAAGGGUGAGCGCACUCGUACCAGAAAAGUGAGCCAGUUCCCAAUCGGGGGAGGAGGAGAUUGCCCAGAGCUCGAGGAGAAAGAGCCCUGCAGCCCCCAGGGAGACGGAGUACCCCCCUGUAUUGUAUACAGCUGGAAGACCACAGAGUGGACAGAGUGCCGGGUGGACGUGCUGCUGAGCCAACAGGACCGUCGGCGUGUAAACCUUACAGGGUUGUGUGGAGGCGGGAUUCAGACGCGGGAGGUCUACUGUGUCCAAACCAGCACUGACGCAGUACCCAACCUCAGCUCACUCAGGAGCAAAGAAGCAUUAAGACCAGUGGACCGCAAUCUGUGUCUGGGCAUCUCACCGAACACCACCCAGCUCUGCCAUAUAAGCUGUCCUGUAGAGUGUGAGGUGUCGUCAUGGAGUGCCUGGGGACCCUGCACCUACGAGAACUGUCAAGAUCAAGCAGCCAAGAAAGGCUUCAAACUGAGGAAGAGGAAGAUUGUCAAUGAGCUAAUGGUCGGGAUGGGGAACUGCCCCCACCUGGUGGAGGCAAUACCGUGUGAAGACCCCAGCUGCUACGACUGGCUGGUGAUUCAACUGGAGGAGUGUAUCCCUGAUAAUGAGAAGGAAUGUGGACCAGGAACCCAGAUCCCUCAAGUGCAGUGUAUCAACAGUGAUGGUAAAUAUGUGGAAAGACAGCUCUGCCGUGAUGCCAUCCUGCCCAUGCCCGUCGUCUGCGAGGUGCCUUGCCCAAAGGACUGUGUCCUGAGCCCCUGGACCCUCUGGUCUCUCUGCUCCCAUACCUGCUCUGGAAAAAACACGGAGGGAAAACAGACCAGAGCUCGCUCAAUCCUCGCCUAUAACGCUGGAGAAGCGACUGCAAAGGUUGUGGCGUGGGUUACUGUGAUGCAGGGUGGAAUCCUCUGUCCAAACAACAGUGCUCUGCAGGAGGUGAGGAACUGCAAUGACCACCCCUGCACUGUCUACCACUGGCAAACAUACCCUUGGGGCCAGUGCAUAGAGGACUCCUCCAUUCCGGUCACCAACACAUCUGUGAGCAGAACACAAGGGGAUGACGCCUCAUGCUCAGUGGGGAUGCAAACUCGCAAGAUCAUCUGUAUCCGGGUCAAUGUGGGCCAGGUUCCUCCCAAAAAGUGUCCAGAGAGUCUGCGCCCAGACACAGUCAGGCCCUGCUUGCUACCAUGCAAGAGAGACUGUGUUGUGAGCCCGUACAGCGAGUGGAGCCCCUGCCCAUCAACAUGUCGAGCAGGUGGUAACAAUAAGAAGAAGCAGCUUAGGAAACGUAUUAUCAUCCAGUUACCAGCCAACGGGGGGCAAGACUGUCCGGAGGUGCUGAGCCAGGAGAGAGAGUGCGAGGCUCAAUCUGUGUGUCAUGGCUACCGGUGGAAAACUCACAAGUGGCGGCGAUGCCAGCUAGUUCCAUGGUCAGUACGUCAGGACAGUCCUGGAGCUCAGGAGACGUGUGGGCCAGGGCUGCAGAUUCGAGCUGUUUCAUGUCGGAAGCAGGAUGGAGGGCAAGCAGACGUUGAAACUUGUCUUAAGUUGGCCAGCUCCAUGCCGCCUCUCAUCCAGCACUGCCAGCUGCCCUGCCAGGAAAACUGUCAACUCAGCAGCUGGUCGAAGUUCUCCUCCUGCACUGCCGACUGCGUGGGUGUCAGGGCUCGCAAGAGGAUGCUAGUGGGGAAGAGCAAAAAGCGUGACCAGUGUAAAAACCACCAAAUGUAUCCCCUGAGCGAGACACAGUACUGCCCGUGUAACAAAUACAACGCCCAGCCUGUGGGCAACUGGUCCGACUGUGUCCUUCCUGAGAACGGCCGUAUGGAGGGUCAGCUGGGCAUGAAGGUCCAAGGUGACAUCAAGGAGUGUGGCCAAGGAUAUCGUUACCAGGCGAUGGUGUGUUACGACCAGGACAACCGCAUAGUGGAGACCUCACGCUGCAACAGCCAUGGAUAUAUUGAGGAGGCUUGCAUCAUCCCAUGUCCAUCUGACUGCAAACUAAGUGAGUGGUCCAACUGGUCACGCUGCAGCAAGUCCUGCGGCAGUGGUGUCAAAGUCCGCUCCAAGUGGCUCAGAGAAAAGCCCUAUAAUGGUGGGAGACCCUGUCCUAAACUAGAUCACGUCAGUCAGGCUCAGGUGUAUGAGGUUGUGCCUUGCCUCAGCGACUGUGGGCAGUAUGUCUGGGUGGCAGAGCCCUGGAGUGUGUGGAAGGUGAGCAACGUCGAUGUGAAGGACAACUGUGGUGAAGGUGUUCAGACCAGGAAAGUCAGGUGUAUGCUGAACACUAUAGACGGACCCUCUGAGCAAGUAGAAGACUAUCUGUGUGACCCAGAGGAGAUGCCACUGGGGGCCCGCAACAGCCAGCUUCCCUGCCCCGAAGAUUGCGUUUUAUCAGACUGGGGAACCUGGAGCUCAUGUGAACUGCCGUGUAGUGGGAACAGUACCCGUGAGAGGAGCGCUUACCCACUCCGCCAGCCUGGAGAAGAGAAGGAGUGUCCCCCGACUACAGAGACAGAGCCCUGCAAACUGAACAGCAACUGCUUUCACUACUCUUACAACAUCACCGAUUGGAGUACCUGUCAGUUGAGCAACAGCGCAGUGUGUGGAAACGGCAUCAAAACCCGCAUGUUGGACUGUGUGCGUAGCGACAGCAAAUCUGUUGACCUCAAGUUCUGCAAAGAGUUGGGUCUAGAGAGGAAGUGGCAGAUGAAUGCUUCCUGUGUGGUUGAGUGCCCAGUCAACUGCCAGCUGUCAGACUGGUCUCCAUGGUCUGACUGCACUCACACCUGCGGGCUGUCAGGCAAGCUGCGGAGAAGACGGACAGUGGUCCAGGCUCCUCAGGGUGACGGGAGACAGUGUCCAUCCCAGAUGGCGCAGUGGAAGCCUUGUCUAGUGAAGCCCUGCUACAGCUGGAGAUAUAGCACCUGGUCUGAGUGCAAGUCUGAGGGAGCAAGGUGUGGAGAAGGCCUGCGCUUUAGGAACGUGUCAUGCUUUGUGUCGGAGAGUUCAGGUGAGCAGGACAUCAGCCUGGUGGAUGAUGAGCUGUGCGGCGAUCUGGAGCCCUCGGUGGACGGAGACACACACAUUGUUCUGCAGGAACCCUGUACUGUUCCAUGUCCAGGAGAGUGCUACCUGAAGGACUGGACCGUUUGGAGUCCGUGCCAGCUCAGCUGCGUAAGUGGCGAUGACCUGGGCUUCGGAUCUGUCCAGGUCCGCUCCAGAGCCGUGGUGGCCCAGGAUCCAGAGAACCUGCUGCAGUGUCCAGAGCAGGAGAUGGAGGCACGGCCAUGUACAGACGGCCAGUGUUUUGAAUACAAGUGGGUGACUGCACCAUGGAGAGGCGCAUCUCGCCAAGUCUGGUGUCAGCGCUCAGAUGGACUUAAUGUUACAGGUGGAUGCCCGGCAACUUCCAUGCCGAUUGCUGACCGAUCCUGCGACCCGCCCUGCACCAAGCCACGUUCCCUUUGCACAGAGGUGGGUGUGUGCGGCUGUAUAGAGGGCUACACUGAAGUGAUGUCAUCGGAUGGUCAGCUGGAUCAGUGUACCCUCAUCCCUGUGCUGGAGAUCCCUACCGCAGGCGACAACAGGGCUGAUGUCAAGACCAUCCGAGCCUUGAACCCCACCCAGCCUGUAGCCAGCACGCCAAGCAGGGUGGGGCGCACCUGGUUCCUGCAGCCCUUUGGUCCAGAUGGGAAGCUGAAGACCUGGGUGUAUGGAGUCGCAGCAGGAGCCUUUGUUCUGCUCGUAUUUAUAAUCUCCAUGACAUACCUAGCAUGCAAAAAGCCAAAGAAGCCUCAGCGACGGCAGAUGAACAACAGACUGAAGCCGUUGACUCUCGCCUACGACGGAGACGCUGAUAUGUAGAGGUCUUUCUUCUGACCGCACUGAGCUGGAGACUUUCGUCCUACUGCAGGGCACACAGGGUUGCUAUGGAAACCCCUUGAUGUCAGGGCUGCCGCUGGGCAUUGUUCAAACAACACACAGACAUCCCAGGAACAGGAGUUUGACGGAAAGAGAAACCUCAAAGAUCAAGACACUGAAUCCAUGUCCAUUAGCAGCCUUGAUAUUCCUGUCGUCGUCGUCUUUUUUAUUUCCGUUUUGAUACUUUCAAAAGAGCCUUCAUGAAUUCUCUGUCUUCUUUCAGAAGUCUGCCUUUGCUUCUCUUGCCAUCUACUACUGCCAGUAACAUCCAAACCAUGGCCGUUGGAGAGGGUCACACGAAAAGAUUUUGCUCUAAAAGCACAAAUCCUCUUCUUGUUAAUUUUGCCUCAGCUGAGCGGGAUAAUCUCGCUUUCUUCUUUGUCCCAUUAGGAACAUUCAUAACCCGCAGUGUUAUUAUGGCCUGGAUCCAUCUCACGAGAAGAGAAGAUAAAAACAGAGGAGGAAAAAAAAGUGUAAUGAAUCCCAGAGCCGUCAUCACUUCUGCCUGCCUAUCCCUUCUCAGUCUGUCAGGCAUAAUUUUGCACUAUAUUAGUGCAGCAUGAUAUGUUCUUAUGUCUAGCUUAACCAUAGGAAACUGCCUCUCUCAAUACAAGAUGGUGUACAGUUUUUUGCAAACAGAACUCACCAAUGUUUGUAAUAUUUUUCUUCUAUUACCUCUUGUAUGUGAUACGAUGGGACUCCGUGUAAAUAGAUUUUUAUUUAUUUUUUGUGGUCUCAACCUUACCUUUCUAGUAUGUACAGGUUCACGUCCCAAACUCUGCCUGAAUUAAUUUAUUCUCUGACGAGCUUUUGACUGUGACUUCAGGAUUUUUACUUUUGUAAUUAAUGAAUAAACGCCACUGUUAUGGAUUCAGAGUGCAUGAGACCCAUAGAAACGCAUUCAUCGUCACGAAACUCUGUAUCUGUGACAGGGGAGGAACAAAUGACGUAAAACUGGGAUGUCGUCAAAUACUCAAAUACAUUUACAACAUUUAUUAACACAAAAUCAAUCAAUUCUGUUGUUCUUGAUUGUGACGUAAAUUGUCUAAAUUAUUUUGCGAUCUGACUAUGCUUCAAACUAACUACUUCCCAUGGCAUGAUGCCCGAUCAUAUCAAAAGGUCAAAGUGUUGAACCUUCAAACUUGUUCUACUGCUUUUCUGUCAUUUUUCAUGAUUCCUGAAGUGAAUCAUCAGUUUCUGCGCAGCUCAUGGAUGUGCUCCCACCUUCUAGAUUUUGCGUUCAUCCCAGAAUCUUUGCUUCUGCCCUAUGUUCUAAUAACAACCAUUAGAGAAGGUUUACAAAUAGUAAGUUUUGGCUGAUACAUCUUUACUAACUAAAAAGAUGUAUGUCUUUAGACAUUUCGUUCUUGAUUCACUUUGAAUUCAUACAUGUCUUAAGGUGUUUGAGAUGUCCUGUCUGCACCGUCCUCAAAUCUGUCUAUGUCCUCUGCAGCUCAGCAAGAAACAAUUCCCUGUCCUUAGUUCUGUGGAGGAGGUUCCUUCCUGUUCACAGCUACAGAAAAACUAUCUGAAAAGAAUUCAGCUCUGUCUUACAGGUUUCACUCAUCCAUUCAUGUUUACUGAGACUCUUCAUUCAUGUAUUUCAGAGAGAGGAAGAGUUGUGGCCUCACUUUCUUAAAGAGCUGGUCGACCUGUGGAUCCCAUGAUCAAAUCCCAUGUAGGAGCUUUUCUACUGAUAAGAGCACAUUUCAGGAAGAAUCAUUAUACGGCAACAAUUUGAUGUGAAAACUGAAACCAUACAGUGCUGCCUAACAUCACUGCCUGAUGAAAGCUCGGGGUCCAGUCACCAAAACUGAACAUUGUAUUAUUUGUUAGAACUGAGGCAUCAUAUCGUUGCUGGAGAAUGGCAGUUUAGUAUUCUGUGGAAUUAGUUGCUAGUAAAUUAAUGGAAUGUUUAAUUUAUAUUUCUUGGAAUAUGAGUUGUAAAUAAAGUGCUAAAUAUUUCUUUUUUUUUAUUUAUUGUUCAUGUACCAUAAUAAUGUUUCAUUUUUUACUACACAAGAUGUUAUGGAUACAUAAAACUAGAAAAAAAUGGAGGUGUGAAUGUGGGUGUGCUUAAAGGGAAAUUGAUAACCUUGUGAAAAAGUCGCAGAUAAAUCUGUCCAUUUCCUACUGUUUGUUUAUUUGUAUUUAACUAAUUGCUGAUAAUAAAC